GGGAGCGACCCGCCCGAGCGCCUCCUUCCCAGCCGCACCUCCCCGGCGCCCGGAGCACACCGGCUGCGUUAGAAUGACCGCCACGGCCACCACUGGCAGCACCCACAAGCUGCCCAACACCAAGGAGGAGAGGAAGUUAAGGAAACCCCUCAUUGAGAGGAAGAGAAGGGAAAGGAUCAAUAACUGCUUGGACCAGCUGAAGGAGACCGUUGUGGGCGCGUUCCACUUGGAUCAGUCUAAACUGGAAAAAGCAGACAUCCUUGAAAUGACAGUGAAGCACCUCCAGAACAUCCAGAGCAGCAAGCUAAUGGCCGACUCCAAAGUAGGUCUGGAAGCCCAGCAGAGAUACAGCACCGGGUACAUCCAGUGCAUGCACGAGGUGCACAACCUCCUCCUGACCUGUGAAUGGAUGGACAAGACCCUCGGGGCACGUCUCUUAAACCACCUGCUGAAAUCCUUACCCAGGUCAGGUGAAGAUACCUGCAAAGCAGCAUUGAAGUCUUCAAGCCCAUGUCAGCAGCCUCUCCUGACACCAAAAAGCCCCCUGAGUGUGAAGGGGCACACCCGGGGCACAACCCCAUCACAGGAGCGCUUCUACCCCAUGGAGAACAAGCAAGCUGCAAAAACUUCCUGCCAGCUGCCAUCGGUUUUCAGCCAGGCUGAUGCUGCACCUCCCAGACAGGUCCUGCAGCCGAAUUUUUCCCACAACAACCCCAGAAUGGGGUCAUUAGAUAUGUGGAGACCAUGGUAAAGUGUGUUUUAAAAUGUUUAUCCUAACCUUAGACACUCUUACGUAUGUAUCUUAUAGAUAUGCUGCUUUAAAACACUUGUGGAGCAAGUCUGUUCCCGUAGGUGUACUAAAGACCAGGGUACUUCAAGCAGAAGUAAACCUAUGUGUAGCCUGCAUUGUAGAAGGCUGCUAUUAUUUUCUAUUUAUUUAAUGCACCUAAAUUAUUGUAUAGAAUCCUCUCAUACUCUUUAGUGGAUAGAAAUUAUAUAGCUUUCUUACCUUGCAUUGGUAAAAUAGUCAGCUCUCUCCUAGUGAAAAUACAAGGCAAGAAGCAAGGACCCUCUCUGGCAUCACGCUUGCCUCUCGGAACUCACCUUCACAUCGCUGGGUACAGGCAGAAACAUUCCGUUUCUUCUGCUUUUUGUCAUUAUUACUCCUGAGCAGUUUCAGGAGAUUCCAGUUCUGAUUCCUGUAAAAGUGCUGCAGUGACUAGGAAAAAAAGGAGAAAGGGAGAGACUCGGACUUUUUAGGCUGUUCAGAAAUGCUCUCUGGAUUGAUCACUGCAGCUGUGCUGUUCCCAGCCACCCAGACACUCUGUUAAAUUAGCUAGCCACCUGUACAUAUCCAUGUGCUGCAUACAGUUAUAUUUAGGGGGGUUUAUUUGUUUCCAGAACUAAAAGUUCUAAAUAAACUUCUGCAAGAUAAUGACUGAACCUCUCCCAGCCCUGUCCUGCCUUCUCUGAAUAAACGCUACUUGGAGAUCUGA